CAAGGCAGAGCAAGCAGCCACAGCUCAGAAACUUCUCUCGACAACACACACCUCACCUCAACUCCUGACACCAUGGCCUGCCUUGCCACCAGCUUCUGUGGAUUUCCCAGCUGCUCCACCAGUGGGACCUGCGGCUCCAGCUGUGGCCAGCCCAGCUGCUGCCAACCCAGCUGCUGCCAGCCAACCUGCCCCCAGCCCAGCUGCUGCGAGCCAAUCUGCCCCCAGCCCAGCUGCUGCCAGCCAAUCUGCCCCCAGACCAGCUGCUGCGGAACCAGCUGUGGCCAGGAGGGUGGCUCUGGAUCUGUGAUCUGCCGCACCCGGUGGUGCCGCCCUGACUGCCGCGUGGAGGGCACCUGCGUGCCCCCCUGCUGUGUGGUGAGCUGCACUCCCCCCACCUGCUGCCAGCUGCACCACGCCCAGGCCUCCUGCUGCCGCCCAUCCUACUGUGGACAGUCCUGCUGCCGCCCCUCCUGCUGCUGCCACUGCUGCGAGCCCACCUGCUAGAAGCCCACCUGUUGAAAACCUCCUUCUAACAGAAAUCCUGAGAUGACGGUACCUCAAUACUAACUAAUGCAGAGUCCCGACACCUUCUGAACUCCAGCACCUGUAACGUGAAGACUUGUCACACAUCUAUAGAACUUCCCUAGGAUGUACAUUCAUUUGCAAUGGAAAACCAAAAACCACCCAUAGAGCUCAGUGUCAGCAGAAGCCCUGCCAUGUAAAAAGCCAUUGGUAAGACUUUACUAUGAAUAUCACCUGAAAUAACCCAACAGCUCAUUGGCACUGGGACUUAAUAAAGAAUUUCAUCUUUGAAUAAUGAA